CCUCCGCCGUCCCAUGAUGCAGCGCGGGGGCGGUGGCGACAGGGACGGCGGCGGCCGCCAUGUUGUGGUAGUUUGUUGUUCUCCCGCGGUGGGUGCGUGCGGAGGGGCGGCGGGAGGGGGAGUUGCCGGGCGCUGAAUCCGAGCCCUUCCCCGUCUCCCCCCCGCUCCCCGCCGCUCCUGGGGGUGGCACGGAGUCGCUGCUGGUAGCCGCCGCCGCCUGGGCAAGGUGAAGAGCCAUGGCUGCCGCCUUGGGAGGAGGCGCAGAUGAUGACUUUGAUCAGUUUGAUAAGCCUGGUGCAGAAAGAUCUUGGAGAAGAAGAGCUGGAGAUGAUGACUGGGACAGUGAACUUGAUGAUGACUUGCUUGGAGAGGAUUUGCUAACUGGCAAAAAGAAUCAGUCAGACUUGUCAGAUGAAGAGCUGAAUGAUGAUCUUCUGCAAAGUGACAAUGAAGAGGAACAAGAAUUUCGUUCUCAAGGUGUCACAGUUAGCCUCAAUGCUACAUCUAGCAUGCUUCAUGCAUCAUACGAACUCUCUGAGGCCAUCAACAAUCGAUCAAUAGAACAUGAGUCUGAGUAUGACCAAGGGGAAGAUGAAAUUGUUUAUGACAAAUCUGAAGCACCUGAAGUGUAUGCUUCAGAGUAUGCAGAGGAAGGACAUUAUGAAGGCAAUGAUCCUGAACUGACAGAAGACCAAAUAGAAUAUGGGGAAGAGCCUGGAGAAGAAGAUGAAGUGCUAGACCUUGAAAUCAAUGAACCCCUAGAUGAAUUUCCAGAUGAAGAUUACAUGCAAUCAUAUAACGAGCAAGCAAUGGAAGAACAAGAAGAAUAUACAGCUGAUGAGGAGCUGGAAGAAUCUCAGACAAUAACAAAUGAAUCAGAAGAGGCAGCUAUUGAAUCUCUGGAACUUCAAGAAGAAACAAAAGAAGAAUCUGAUGAAGAGGAGGAUGAUGAUGAAGAGUCUGGACGAUUACGUUUCAAAACUGAACGGAAAGAAGGAACGAUAAUUAGGCUCUCAGAUGUGACAAGAGAAAGGAGAAACAUUCCAGAAACUUUGGAACUUUCUGCAGAAGCCAAAGCAGCAUUACUUGAAUUUGAAGAGAGGGAAAGGCAACUUAAACAGGGACGGUAUGGCUCAAGGAGAGGAGGGCGAAGAGGAGGCUCAGUUAUGUGCCACGGAAUGGGAGAACAAAGGAGAGACAAUAAUGAUAGGGGAAGAAUGAAGGAUCACAGGCCUGCUCUGCUGCCAAACCAGCCAUCCACAAUGACUCAUUCACAGAGGUUAAUUCCAACACACCAGCAACCUGUUAGGAGUCUGUUCCAGCAGCAGCAACAGCAGCAACAGCAACAACAACAACAGCAGCAGCAACAGCAGCAGCAACAACAGCAGCAGCAGCAGCAACAGUUACAAUCUCUGCUUCCUUUACAGCAUCAGCAUCAUUCUUCUCCUCCUCCAGGGCUACAUAUGCCCCCUCAGAUAGAAACGCCUAGAAUAAUGAUGACUCCACCUCCAGUGACACCUCAGCAACCGAAGAACAUACACAUAAAUCCACAUUUCAAGGGGACAGUAGUGACACCUGUACAAGUGCCCUUGCUGCCAGUUCCAGCCCAGCCAAGACCUGCUGUAGGACCCCAGAGAUUUCCUGGCCCUCCAGACUUUCAGCAGCAUACGCCUGGACCAGUUCCCACCAACUUCACCCAAGCCCCAAGGCUGCCAAUCCAGGACCAGUGGAGAGGGCCACCGCCACCGCCACCACCACUCCCUCCUCCACCUCCUCAGGAAAGAGAUCCUUUCUUCAUAGCAGAUCCGAGGUUUCCGAGCCAUCACUUGUUUGAGCAGCGGAGCCCGCCACCGCCGCCACCUCCCCCUCUUCUUAACAGCGCCCAUCCCGUCCCAACCCAAAACCCGAUGCCAUUCAGCCAGCCCGGGCCAGCGUUUAACCAGCAGGGACAACAGCCCGUGUUUCCCCGGGAGCGGCCAGUGCGCCCCAACAUGCAGCCUCAGGGUCCUGUGGGGAUUCUCCACUUCAACCAGCCGGGUUCGGCCAACCCGCGGCCCUUCAUCCCUCCCCGACAGCAGUUCCUGCAGGCUCCGGGACAGCCCUUCCUCGCCGCCCACACCCAGCCCAGCAUGCAGGGUCCCUUGCAUCCUCCAUUACAGCCUCAGCCACAACCUCAGCCUCAGCAGCACCAUCACCAGCAGCAGCAGCAACACCAUCACCAGCAGCAGCAGCAGCAGCACCAUCAUCAUCUCCAAGGGCCACCACAGCCCUUAAUGCCCAUGAACCAACCACAGUUCAGGCCUCAUAUGCAGGCCACGCAGCAGCAGCCAAAUAACAACAGGAUGCAGUGUCAGCCACGACAGGGUCCAAUGAAGCCAAGACAUAAUACACCAUCACAAAAUAUUGUCAAGCGUCCAAAUCAGCAGCUACAGUCAACUGCUCCGAGAAAUAGUAACUUGCGUGAGUUGCCAAUAGCACCAUCACAUGCUAUGGAAAUGAGUAACAACAGGCGACCCUCUACCCCAGCUGCUCAGGUCAAACCCAUUACCAGCACGGUGUCUGCCACCAAGUCUGUAUCUGCUGUUGGAAACUCUCAGGGAAGGCCUGAGAUGAAAGCUAAAACAAUCACACCAGUGGGCCAAGCAAAAUCAGAAGUAAAGUCUGAACCAGAGUAUCCAGAUGAAGAUGAAGAAACUAGACUCUAUCGUUUGAAGAUAGAAGAGCAGAAGCGUCUGAGAGAAGAAAUUCUGAAACAAAAGGAGCUGAGACGGCAGCAGCAGGCUGGCGCUAGGAAGAGAGAAUUGCUGGAAAGACUGGCGCAGCAGCAGCAGCAGCAGCAACCUUCUACGCAACAGUCCUACAUGCAGCAGGAGGACGAUGACUCUGAGUUCCCCGCCAAUGGCAGCCCUUACAUCCCCCACUCUGGCUUACAGACCAGGCAAAAUGUGAAAAACAGACUCCUUGUUAAAAAGCAAGAUAUGGUAGUUCCCAGUAUCCAACCCAAACCCACAGAUUUCCCACAGGUCGGGGGGAACAUGCAUUAUCAAGGACAGCAGCUGAAGCCGGUGAAGCAGCUGAGGCAGACUAGAACAGUUCCUCCCAGUCAGCCUCCGGCGCCGCAGAAAGCGUUACAGACCAAACCUGCUGCAGCAUCGCUGCCCCCGACACAGACUGCUCGAGUGGCUUCGGUACCAGCAAGGCCCCAGGAACUGAAACCUGGCGUGAAAAGGACUGUCAUGCAGCGGACAAACAGUGGUAGUGGAGAUGGGCCCCAUGUCGGCAGCAAAGUCAGGGUGAUUAAGUUGUCAGGAGGGCAGGGGGGAGAGGAUGCUGGCUUUUUUCACCCAGAGGGCCAGCCCCAGCGGCCUCAACAACCCCCGGAGCCGAAACAGCAGCCAGUGCGGAAGGUCACAUUGACAAAGGGAAUGCAGCCGCAGCAGCAGCACCAACAGCAGCAGCAGGCACAGAUCCAUUCACCAGCUCCUCAAGGAGUCAAAAACAUCCAGGGAAUCCAUCAGCCUAAAAAGGUCAUUAUGCACGGGAGAGGCAGAGGAGUAGCAGGCCAGAUGGGCCGAGGACGCUUGAUGCCAAAUAAACAGAACCUGCGAGUGGUGGAGUGCAAACCUCAGCCCUGUAUUGUGUCAGUUGAAGGGCUUUCUUCAUCAACUACUGAUGUCCAACUGAAAAACCUGCUGAUGUCAGUGGGACCCAUUCAGAGUUUACAGAUGCUUCCUCAACAACGGAAAGCCAUAGCAAAAUUCAAGGAGCCAGCACAUGCUUUAGCAUUUCAACAGAAAUUCCACAGGCACAUGAUAGAUCUGUCCCACAUAAACGUGGCACUGAUAGUUGAGUGAUGUCUGCUGAGAGAAACCCUGACACUAACAGAAGCGCGCUGUGGACCUGCACAAGACGCAGUGGCAAAACCAUCGGAUUGUGAAACCUUUCAGCUUAGUCUUUAGUUGCUGUGUUGAACUACAGAGAGCAGCAAGUUGUCCUCCAGAAGAGCUGAACUUGAGAGGAUCUGCAAAGGUGGAAUUUCUGUUUGGUUUGUUCACGUUCUGUUGUAACCACGUGGAACUACAGAAUUUUUUUCAAAAUGCUUUCAGUGCAUGUAGACACUGUUCUUCAAGAUCCUACUGUGUGACCACAGUGACUUGAGAGAGAACGUUUACAUCGAAAGAUUUAAAAACUUUCUUCAUAGCAAAGAAUAUUUGAUAAUGGUUGCUCUUAUCUUCAGUGCGAGGUAUUUGAACGAAAACUCACUUUUCUAAACAAAACACAUUAGUUCCGUUGUGUGUCCGAGAGCACAGAAGGUUUCCUUGCAUAGAUUUAAAGGUGGUCUACUUCAUGGGAUAGCAGUAUGCUGAGAAGCUUUGGAGGUGACACUGGAAAAUUGUAGUUUCGCUCUUUGUAAAUAUGUUUAGUCUGUCUUUGCAUUUUUCUAUUCCAACACAGACUUCCAUCUUCUCCUUCCAACUCCGCUUAUUCCGUAAAACCCUGCGUAGGAAUAACAUUGCUGUAUUUGCCCUUGGUUUUUAAAAACAAGAAUCUUUGCCCUUCAGUAGCAUCGUGGGGUAGUGAACUCCCAAGCUGUAACUAGGUUGUUUUAAAUGACGUUGCCAGAUACAAGGAAAAAGAAAUAUUUAGUGGCUCACUUGAAAAAUGUUACACAGGAAGAGCGGUGCAUUCCUAAUAGUUCUUUUGGGCUAGUGUUUCGUGAUUGCCGUAUGCUUUAUUUUGAUUAGGGUUUUUUUUUUUUCUUUGAGGUUUAUUUUGUGACUAACGCUGAAUCAUAAGAAACCCGUAACUGAAAGGACUUGGUUUGAUCUGUUGUUCCCAAUAAAUGCAGGACUAUAAGGACACUGUGAAUCUGCUGGUGAACGUGGCAGUUCCCCAAAAUCACAUGCAAACAUUAAGGAGCUUAUAUUUUAUUCAAAGUAAAAUCCAUAAUAUUUCCUUUUGGUUAGAACCAUCUAGAUGGUGUUGCCAAAGGAACAGGUUUUCCUCAGUUACUUCUGAAUAAACUUAUUAAAAUGUCAUCUUUAUAUUGGAUUCUAGUUUUUAUGAACGUUUCCUUAGUUUUUAGACUGUGAGCUUUUGCUUCAUCCUUUAUUUUAGGAAUACUCUUAAGCACUCCACCUGCUAUUUGGCGGGGGGCGGGGGGGGGCACUUAUAGAAACCUUAUAGGUUUGUUACCUGAGGGACGGCAGAAGAACACUAUUGGUAUGUAAUGAAACAGCCGCGAACAGGGUCCAAAAUAGGCAUGCCAAGUGUGGAAGGAUGAGCUAAGCAAGUUUAUAGUAGUGUAGGUUGGGGUUUUUUGAGGAUUUAAUGGUAACCAAGUCCCAAAGACCUAAUUGGCUUUCUUACAGUUUUGGUCCAGAAUUUCAAUUAAGUAGAAGUUACUAAAAAUAAUGAUUGAAUAAUAAAUACUGUCAAAAGUCUGCUAGGUAAAACUGCUCUUUGUUCACUGAAAUAGUACAGAAUAAUGUGGUGCUUUGGAAAUACUGCACUGGGGAAAAAGGUCUGAGAGAAUACUCUAAGCCCAUGUACAGCCUAGUGACGGGACGCAGUAACAACAUGAGAAUUUGUGCGUGCAAGUGAGUUUUACACCCGUCUGUAGUUCCCUAUUUAUGCAUAAUACUCAAAUAACAUCCAGCACAACGGCUCUACGUAAGGUGCUGUUAGUGCUUCAGGGUAGACCCAAGCCCGCGCCAGAGAACGAGCCGCAGGUAGGAAGCGCCUGGUGGGAGCCCACCCCGAAGACUCGUGCGAGGUGAUGCGCCCCGUGCUGUUCGAUCCCUCGCACCCUGAGCACUAGGACCCCCACGCUGCCUCCUCAGGUUGUGUCCGUUUUAGUUUUAAGAAAGAAAUGCUUAUCUUUAAAGCGAGUCAUUAAACAGUUAUUCAUCCCGUUAGGGAGCAGCUUCUCUGUGAUGAGGAGGAUGGGAAGACCUCGGAGAGGAGCGACAGUCGUGCGUGUCUGGGAGCCUGGGUUGGGUGCAGAGAGCAGGCAGGCCAGCAGCUGAGUUCAGCAGUAGGAACAUCUGCAGUUGAUCAGCUGUCCUGUCAGAAGCAAACCUUAUUGGGGUUAGAGGGUUUCUUGGAGCCUGAGAAUAUGGGUUUGAUUCAAAAGUCAAAGAAGUUUGUAGAAACGCUCCUGCUUUGGGUUUUGAAUCCAUCCCAAAGAGGCUGAGGUUCAGCCAAUUUAAGUUUUAAGAAUUUUUAUUCAGUUGUUUUUUUGUUUUUUGUUUUUUUUUUUUUUUAAAAAGAGACAAAUGCGUGGCUUUGGAAUACAGACAUGAAAUCGCCUCAGGUCUAUUUAAAUGUAGGAGGCAACGUAAGCAAUGCCUGUUUAAUGGCUAAAUGCAUCCUCUUUAAAGGCGGUUGCAGUAAAUUAUUACUUGUGCAGAGAGUACGGGCGGAUUGCUGGGGAUUUUAGCUGCUUAUUGCAGUGCCUGGGUAUCUCACUAUAUGUAAACAUACUACAUAUAUGUAUGUAUGUCUAUAUGCAUUUUAUUAUACACAUACAUACAUACUCGCACCCUGUAUUGUCACCAUAUCUCUCUAAUAUCUUUAACAACUCAGUAGCAAAAGUAGCAAUUAGGUGGGUCGUUUGUUCAGAUAUUCGUGUUUUGUUAGUUCUGAAAUCCCAACUUAAAAGUGGAUCUCUUGGCAAUGGUCAGUUUGGACAAUACAGCUCUCCUAGAUCCAUUUGUUGUCUCCUCCCAAAAAACCACAAAGGCAGUAGAGGUAAAGGUAGACGGACGUGUUCUUGCCAUGUUCUCUUUCAGCACAUAGUUAAAUCUGAGCAUCUUAAGUUAACUUUCUUGGAAGAUCUGUUGCAACCAUUAUCUUGUUCUUUCUUUCUCAUGCAUUCAAAGUACAACGCAAAAUGCAAAAAAAAAAAAGGCAUUUAAUGUAGUAUGUAAAUAAUUGACCUUUUAAAAUUAAAAUGUUACUCAAAGUGCUUACAGUCAACCACAUCUUAGCUAUUUGUUAGUUUUUUGUGUUGUCUUAUCUAAGUUUAAUGGAUACAGUUCCAUAAAUGUUGAUGUGUUUUUGUGUAUAUCUUCAAAUUUUUAUAAAGAUGCUAGUAAGUCAAUACAUAUAUCCUGAUCUGUGUAUUAUUUGUUCAGUUUUUAUUAGCAUAAUUUUAUAAUGAUUUUAAUAGGUAACUCCAAUAGGUGAUUAUAUGGAGCCAACCUUUUUUUUUUCCGAAUUAUUUUGUUUUCUUCUUGUAGCACUGGAGAAUUCUCUUUAUAUCUAAUCAUAUUUUGCCUUGACUAAAAGAUUGGUUUGGCCGUAUGAUCUGUGGUAUUUUAGUAGAAUGUUCUACUUCUUUUUUUUAUUAAAAAAAUUACCUCUGUCCUUUAACUUUUGAGGGGAAAUACAGUGCACUGUCAGACUAAGGCAUGGGGUUUCUAGGUUUGUUCCAUUGUGCUGUACAAGUACAAAUUAGGUCUGUCGUGUCAUAUUGUUCUCAAAAGUUUGGGAUAUUUUGGUUUUACCCGUAUAAUUCAAGUUGGUCAUGUAACACGUUGAUUCGUCUCAAAUGUCAGCAACUGAUGUGGCACAUAAAGUGUAUGGUGGAACCGUG